UUUAACUAUUCUCAUGAGUCCCCUACUUUCUGCAAUUCACUUGCUCUUCACCAUUCCGUCUUAUCCCAAAAUGCCGUCCUCACUCUCUACCUCAUCCGAGAAGAAUGAUUACCUCGCCGCCGUUCUCGGCGCUGCCCGCCCUUUCCUCCGAGGGGAGCUUGAGAACGUUGAUGAGAAGCUACCCUCUCUAGUCGCCGUCCUGCGCUCCGUUGGCGCCGGGGAAUGCUGGCAUAAGCACGGGAGUUUCCUCGAACACCUGAUGGACAUUUACCGGAUACUCAAGCUAUGGAAGGCCCCGGAUUCCGUCUGCCUCUGCGGCCUCUUCCACUCCGCCUACUCUAACUCCUACGUCAACCUCGCCAUCUUCGACCCCUCCACCGGCCGCGACACCGUACGCGCCCACGUCGGAGACGCCGCCGAGCGCCUGAUUCAUCUCUUCUGCGUCGUUCCCCGCCAGCCCCUCAUCCACGACGACCUCCUGUUCAAGUACACCGAUUCGGAAAUCACACAGCACCUCGCGCUCUCCCACGCCUCCCUGAAGAACGCCAAGGAAAAGGGGGUGUUUAACGAGGACGAGACGUGGAGGAAGAAACUCCAGUCGGUCUUACCGGCGAGCGGGAUCACAGUGAAGCACAUCAAGACGGGCGAAAACAUCGCCAUAUCGAGGAGAAUCGUCGCGAUUUUCCUCCUAAUGACCAUGGCGGAUUUCAGCGACCAGCUGUUCGGGUUUCAGGACGGGUUGUUCGAGAACUCCAACGGCCGGCUCGAAUUCUCCGGCAACGACGUGCAGUCAGGUUUAUGGCCCGGCGACGGAAAACCCGGCCUGUGGGUGAAUUCAGUGUCACGAAUGGGCGGAAUCUACCAAUUGAUAGCCCGAGAAGAAGAGAUUUACACGGAACAAAGGAGAAGAGAAACCGGAAUAUCGUUUGAAUCGGAGAGAGACGAAGAAAUCGAGCUUGUGAUUCCACCGGUGUUCGAUUUCUGCACCAGAAUUGUGGACGCCGGGGAUCAGAUAUCGGGACGGGAUCUAUACUGGGAGGCAGUUUGUGAAGGGGCGAAGAAGGGAAUGGAUUGGGCGGAGGAGAGGCUGAGGAAGAGCAUUGAGAAGAACCCAUUUGUGGGUGAGGCCCAUGUAGUAUUGGGCCAGAUUUAUUUGGGCCAGGGGAGAUUUGAGGAGGGGAAGAAGGAGGCUGAAAAUGGGCUGACUCUCAUAUUGGAGUGGGGGAGCCCAUGGGAUAAGAGGAUGUCUUGGGAGGGUUGGGUUUCUUGGGCCAGAGUGUUGGUCAUGAAGGCCCAACAAAAGUCUUGGCCGCAAAAUGCUUGGGGCAUCCUUAACUUGGGCCUUGUUAGGUAGUAUGAGUAAUAUGCUCUUGUAUGAAUAAAUUACUCCUUUUGGAUC